AUGCGUGUAGUCUUUAUGGAAAGCUAUUGUAGUUUUCUACCCGAAUCGCCCCAUUGGUUAAUUCAAAAAGGAAAUUACAAUGGAAUCGAGCAGUAUAUUAAAACGGCCAACAAAUGGAACAAUACAGAAAUUAAUAUUGAUUCCUGUCGACGAAUCGGGCCGCCUCCAAAAGAGAAACGAGAGAACUGCGGAGCCAUAAUGAGAGACUUACAAAUGCUCAAACUUCUCUUCAUCAACGUUUAUCUUGUUUUUGAGGUUGUAAUGGCUUUUUAUUACUUCGGACUGUCUUUCCUAUCCGUCGACUUGAGCGAUGAUCGAUUCACGGCCUACAUGCUUUCGGCCUUCGUUGAAUUACCUGGUGAGUAUCUGACUGAGCAAAAAGAGACAUAG